AUGCAAGAGCCCUCCAGAAAUGAAAUAGAGUUGCCUCUGCAAAACCUCGGCGACGACGUCGGAUUAGACACCCUGCAGGAUAUUCUGGUCACACCUCGGGCGGACUACAGGACGGCCGAAUACGAUUCGCAGGACCUUGACGACGAUAUAGAGCAUGGAAGCGAUGGGAGUGCCGCUCUAUUGGGCUCAGGUGGAAGAAUUAGGGGACAUGAACGGAUACCUUCUGGAAGUGUCUGGUCACAAGUUGGUAGCAUUGUUGUCGAAUGUGCACCCACGCUUCUUGUGGCUACCAUAAGUCUCCUAUUGACUGGGGAACUCCUUGACCGUGUGUCACGUUGGCGGGCAAUGCGCACCAUUGACGAGCUGAUAGUGAUCGUUCCUGUUGUCUUGAAUCUCAAAGGCAACUUAGAAAUGAAUCUCUCUGCCAGAAUGGGAACUGCGGCUAAUAUGGGCGAGCUAGACGACAGGAGCGCACAACGCAAGCUUGUGUACGGUAAUCUGGCACUUUUACAAGUGCAAGCAACUGUCGUCGCAUUUGUGGCAGCUUGUGUCGCAAUGUUUCUCUGUCUUUUCAUGCCAGAGCUAUCUUCGAGUCCUGCUGUCCCCUUUCCACAUAACAGCACCCUAUCGCUCACUGCUAGGGUGCCCCGGCCGCCGCCACCUCUGGGUGGGAACCCGAAGUCGGGUUUAGUCGAAUUCACCAUGGUGGCCUCUUCGACUAUGAUGUCCGCAUGCCUGUCCAGUAUCAUCCUCGGUGCCUUCAUGUCUUUCCUAGUUAUCGUCUGUAGACGUUUUGGGCGUGACCCAGGCAAGCGAUUUUGGGCUUCAUCGGGCUUUGGAGACUUGGUCACGCUCAGCCUCCUUGGUGCCAUUUCCUCCAUCCUCAUUAAUGUCGUCAAUACUCCCAUUCCUCUCAUUUGUGUUGUGCUCACUAUUCUCUCCGCCACGAUGUGUGUGUUCCUGGUGAGGCGUAAUAGCAGUGUCAAGGAUUUGAUCUACCAGGGUUGGAUUCCACUUUUCGGUGCAAUGGUGAUUUCUUGCGCCACUGGCAUUGUGCUUGGUAUAUUCGCCUCUCGCUAUCAAGGGUUCCCUCUUCUUGCUAUCGUCAUCAGUGGACUUCCUGGCAGCGUUGGGUCUAUAUUUGUCUCCCGACUGUCGACUGCUCUUCAUGCAGCAUCUGGGAAUACGUCCCUGCACAAAAGCGAACCUUCCCAAAAACUUGUCAUGGCCACGUUCAUUCUCAUCACAGUCCCGAUAGUGAUUCUAUUUCUCUGUAUCCUACGCGCAUCUGGAUGGCUAAAAUUCUCUAUAAUGUUUGCCAUAUUAUCUGUAUUAUUCUUUUGUUGUGCAGUCUUCACCUCACUGGUCGUAGCUCGGAUAUUGACCGAUUUAUUGUGGUCCAGAGGCUUCGACCCCGAUACAUACGCACUCCCUAUCCACUCCGCUCUGGUGGAUCUGGUAGGGCAAGUACUACUGGUAUUGUGCUUCGAGAUUGUCUCGUUUGUAGGCCCAAACUUGUAA